AGAUAAAGAUAAACUUGAAAUUUUGAUUAAUCAGUUACCUAAAAAUGAUUAUUUAAGUGCCUCCGAAUACAUUUGUAUUGAAGAUACAGUUGUUGUGGGAAGUCUUACAGAUGAUAAUAUAUUGGAAGCAUAG